UCUAACAUACAGGUUUGGUUCUCUUCUGAUCUUCCUCUCUAUCAUCUCUCUCUAUCAAUUGAGAAUCAUCAAAAUCAAUGGCUUCAAAGGCCGGCGAGUCCAGUGGCUCUCUGAUCGUCAGCUUCGGAGAGAUGUUGAUCGACUUUGUGCCUACGGUUUCCGGCGUCUCACUGGCGGAGGCACCGGGAUUUCUCAAGGCUCCAGGCGGCGCACCGGCUAAUGUUGCAAUCGCCGUCGCCAGACUCGGAGGUCAUGCGGCCUUCGUCGGUAAGCUUGGCGAUGACGAGUUCGGACGUAUGCUCGCCGGGAUCCUCGAUGAGAACGGUGUCAGCACGAAAGGGAUCAACUUCGAUCAAGGAGCCCGCACUGCCUUAGCGUUCGUUACUCUACGCGCCGACGGAGAGCGUGAGUUCAUGUUUUACAGGAAUCCUAGCGCCGACAUGCUCUUGACGCCGGAAGAGCUCAAUCUCGAGCUCAUUAGAUCCGCGAAGGUGUUCCAUUACGGGUCGAUAAGCUUGAUUGUGGAGCCAUGCAGAUCAGCACAUCUGAAGGCAAUGGAGGCCGCAAAAGAGGCCGGUGCAUUGCUCUCUUACGACCCGAACCUGAGGCUGCCGCUGUGGCCCUCACCGGCGGAGGCGCGUGAGCAGAUAAUGAGCAUCUGGGACAAGGCGGAGGUGAUCAAGGUUAGUGAUGUUGAGCUGGAGUUCUUGACAGGGAGUGAUAAAAUUGAUGAUGCGGAUGCUUUGUCUCUGUGGCACCCCAACUUGAAACUUCUUUUGGUCACUCUUGGUGAGAAGGGUUGCAGAUACUACACCAAGAACUUCCAUGGGCAAGUAGAUGCUUUCCAUGUGAAAGCUGUAGAUACAACAGGAGCAGGUGAUGCAUUCGUUGGAGCCUUAUUAUGCAAGAUAGUUGAUGACCAAUCUGUAAUUGAGGACGAAGCAAGGCUGAGGGAAGUAUUGAAAUUUGCAAAUGGAUGUGGUGCCAUUACAACUACCAAGAAGGGAGCCAUUCCUGCUCUUCCAACCGCAUCCGAGGUCCUCAAUUUAGUCAAAGGGGCUUAGAUGCUUCUUCUUCUUCUUCUUUUUCCGUUUUUUUAAAGCUAUUCUUCUUAAACCUUAUCUUUUCUCUCUAUUUUUCUCUUCUGGCUAGUCAAUGGGGCUUUUGAGUCUCUUUUAGUGAUUGAAAACUCGUGGGUUUUCGUUUAACUGAAUAAAUUUUGAUUUGGGCAUUUCUGAAAGGUCAAUGGUCCAGAGCUUUAUAUGUUGCAAUACAUAAUUUAAGGGAAAAUAAAAUGAAAAUCCAUUGGAAGAACUA